GGGAUUUAUAGUCAAAGAGCAAGGUAGAGGUCAGUGGAUGGAAAAUUACUAAGAGAAACCUCAAAGGUAAGGGGGGAUUCUUGCUAAACUGAACUACAAGAUUCUUGCUGAAGGCAGACCAGGGUGAUCAGUAUCAUGGCGGGUUGCGGGGGGGAGUGCGGAGUGAGGAAUUUGAUCAGGUAUCAAGGGUGGAGGGAUUCUGGGUAAAGCUGCUUACCAGGAUUCUUGCUAAAAUUGGGCUCUACAGGAACAGAAAUGGAAGCCCAAGGUCAUGCCUCCUUGAGAAGAUGCCUCAGAGGAGCCUAACUACAGUUUGGUCAAGGAGAGAUUCUUUGUCAUAUGCAUAGGUGACUAGUAAGGCAAAAGAGAAUGAAAGAAGUAGAUAAUCUUGAAAGUAUAAAGGAAGAAUGGGUUUGUGAAACAGGAUCUGACCACCAACCUCUUAGUGAUAAUCAGCAAACAAAUUGUGAAUAUUUUGUUGACAGCCUUUUUGAGGAAGCUCAGAAGGUUGGUGCCAAAUGUUUGUCUCCCACUGAACAAAAGAAACAGGCAGAUGUAAGUAUAAAAUUAUGGAAAAAUGGAUUCACAGUCAAUGAUGAUUUCAGAAGUUAUUCUGAUGGUGCAAGUCAGCAGUUUCUGAACUCCAUCAAAAAAGGAGAAUUACCUUUAGAAUUACAGGGAGUUUUUGAUAAAGAGGAGGUCGAUGUUAAAGUUGAAGAUAAGAAAAAUGAAGUAUGUAUGUCAACGAAGCCUGUGUUCCAGCCCUUCUCAGGACAGGGUCACAGACUGGGAAGUGCUACACCAAAAAUUGUUUCUAAAGCGAAGACUAUUGAAGUUGAGAGUAAAAACAAGUUGUCUACUGUCCCACUAAACAGUCUGGAACCCAUCACUAAUAUACAGAUCUGGUUAGCCAAUGGGGAAAGGAUUGUCCAGAAAUUUAACAUUUCUCAUAGGGUAAGCCACAUCAAAGACUUCAUCGAAAAAUACCAAGGAUCACAAAGAAGUCCUCCCUUUUCCCUGGCAACAGCUCUUCCUUUCCUCAAAUUACUAGAUGAAACACUCACACUGGAAGAAGCCAAUUUACAGAAUGCUGUAAUCAUUCAGAGACUCAAAAAAACCGCUGAACCUUUUAAAGAACUUUUAUAACAUUGAUUUUUGAUACACUAAGUGGAAGGUUUCCAGAAAAAUGAUGGUCAUAAGUGGACAUGCACACCAAAAUGGGGGGGAAGUCAGAUUUGCUGAGCUUUGCACUAUUUAACUCCCUCCUGAUGAGAAGAUUUUAAAAUAAGUACAAGUUAGGAAAAUAAACUAUGACUGGAAACUAUAUUCAAUGAACUUUUCCCAGAAGGCUACUCAGAAAGAAAAAUAGACUUAUUUUCAAAUACCAGUUACUUAACGUAAGAUAUAUUAAAUAACUAUAUCAUUUAAAAUCUUAAUACGGUAUAAAUUAGCAAAUAUGUUCAUAGCAUCUUUCAUUCAAACAUCAUUCCCAAACAGCAGUGAUUUGUUUAAAUGUUAGCUGUCUCAGAUUUUUUUAAAUAGCAAUACAUUAAAAAAUUAUACAUGGCAGGUUAAAAACAUCAAUGCAAUUUUUUUAUAUCUGAGAUACAAUCAAAAGGCUGGAAGGAACUGCUUUCACCACAGCUAUGCCUCACCCUCAGAAGUGUUCCCAAUUUGCAUUGUCUAAUGGCAAGAUACACUCAAAUAUUAACUUGGCAACAAUAUCUGGGAUGUAUUUUCAUUUAAGAAUAAAAUUGUGUGGCUUAGUAUAAUGUCAGUAUCAAUCUGCUGACAUACAUUUCAACAUU